GGACAGUGGUGGGAUUAUGUUACCUCUAAUGUAACAACAAAGAUACGAUUUUUAUCCUAUAAUAUGAGCAAUAUCGAUAUUUUUGGAGAAAAACCGAGAUAUGUUGAACACAUAUCAGAUAUAAUGCGUAUUCGGUUACUAAAAGAGUACGGUGGCACUUACAUUGAUAGUGACGUCAUAGCUUUACGAUCGCUAGACCCCCUCCGGCAUUAUAACCAUACACAGGGAGUAGGAAUUGUUGGUGGUGGGCUUUCCAAUGGUGUAAUAAUCGCAAAGAAGACGUCUAAAUUUCUCAACAUUUGGUUGGAGGAGUAUAAAACAUACGCCAAGGACGAUAAAAUUAAAAACAUAUGGGGCUACUAUUCUGUAACAAGGCCAAGGCAACUACUGAAGACAUACCCAGAACUAGUCAGAAUAGAGAGGGACACUUUGGUAAGACCAGUUGUGAGAGAAUAUACAAAGCUUGAAACAAGAAAGAAGGUCUGGAAAUACAGUUACAGUAUGCACGUUUGGAGACGUCUUACAUACAUACCUAAGAAACCAGAGGAUAUAAAAUUGAUAUCUAACCAGUCGCUCCU